AUUCGUGCAGCAGCAGUAGAAUGGAGAAGCGCUACACUGCGAAGUUACCAUUGGAGAAAUAUACUGAUUCCGUGAAAGAGAGACAGGACUGGAGUUGUGUAGACAUGGAGAACAUCAGCCACACGUGGACGCUAAAUAAUUUCCAGACAAACCCGAAUGAGUUCAGGUCGAGUGUAUUUACAACCAGCGACCUGUCCAAAUGGUGCCUGGUAGCAAAAAUCGUGCAUAACUCUUACUACGGUGAAAACUACCUGUCAUUAUAUCUUUGUCUCAUUUCAUCUAAGAAACCCACAGUCCAAGCAAAGUUCAUAUUGUCUGUUCUUAAUCCCGAAGGGGACGAACGUGCAAAACAGAGCGAUCAUAUUUGUGAAUUUAUUAAUUAUUGUAACAAAGCUAACUGUACUCUCAUUUGGUCUGGACAUGAUUAUAAUUAUUGCCAACACGACUUUGAUAAAUGGGGCUAUGAUGAGUUUGUCUCUGUGAAUACUCCCGAAGCUAAUGGAUCGCCAACGAAUAUAACAAUAUUAUGUGAGAUCAGCCUAGUAACAGACACAAUAAAUAUCUCUGACCGAAGUCGUGGAGUACGGUUGGAAGUAUCGGAGUGUGAGCUGCUCAACAAAUUUGGACUGCUGUUGGAGAACAAAAGUCCCGUUUUUCAGGCAAUGUUUGAAAACGAGAUGAAAGAGAAAAAAACUAAUCAAGUGGACAUCGACGAUAUGGAACCCGAAGUCCUGGAAGAAAUGUUGCCAUUUAUUUACACCGGUAAAACGACGAAUCUGGAAAAGAUGGCGGACAGUUUGUUAGCUGCGUCGGAUAAGUACCAGUUAAAUACACUGAAAGUAUUGUGCCAGGAAGCCCUUUGCAAAAGUUUAACCAUUGAAAAUGCGGCCGAGAUCCUAAUACUUGCCGAUCUCCAUAGUGCCGAUAAGCUAAAAGCAAAGGCAAUAAAUUUCAUUAAUACAUGUACGGGUGUGACGGACACUGCAGGUUUCAAGUUCAUGAAAAAAUCCUAUCCCCAUCUGAUAAUAGAAGCUUACGAAGCUAUGCGAACCAAUCCAUCGACCGGUUUCAGCAGAUAAAUAAAACCAGUGGCCGCUGAUUGCUUAUAGGUGUGACUUCCACACCAUUUCCAAUUAUCUCUGAUAACUUGGAAUUAUAAAGUGAUACAAACAUUGAGGCUCGAAUCACCCGAUCAUCAAACUCCGGUUAAGAAUGUUGAGAGAUAGAAGGAGUUUGAAGAUCUUGAACCAUUUUGUGCGUUAAGUCGAUCGAGGGUAAAUUUCAAAUCGUAAUUCCACAUACUCGGACUUCUUGUGCUCAAAUAAAUGUCGCUGGUUAUAGAGAACUUGACGCAAAGCGAUCACAAUUAGCACGCUACUCAUUUCGACAUCUUCGCGCGUCGGACAGAAGAAUUAGAUAUCUGAAAACCUACGUAUUCUCAUUUAUAUCUCCUUAUUUCCAUCAGCAUGCAAACCAUUGUUCUCGAUCGGCCUAAGCGCAAGCAGAUUCAAAGAAACAACAGCGGCGGCAGCGUCAUAAUCAUGGAUCGACAAUACAACCUUAACCAUAUUUGUACUUU